AUGGAGGGUCCCCGCCCCUGGGGGCAGGGCGAGACCACGGAAGUGACGACACCGAGCAUUCCAUUAAAUAUCCGUAGGCGGGCCCCUAGCGCUCUCUCGGCCUUAACGCCAUCUUCUGAGAAACCUCCGCGCCAUGAGAGCGAAGUGGAGGAAGAAGCGAAUGCGCAGGCUGAAGCGCAAAAGAAGAAAGAUGAGGCAGAGGUCCAAGUAAACUUGUACACCGUGGAAGCCACAGGAGCAGAAACGAGGAAAUCCCAGAGGCCAGGGACGUUGGUACAAUUUGUUGGACUGCAUGCCUUCUGUCUAGAACUUGUCUCAAUGGAUCUAGAACAACUUUUCGCCGUUCUGAUCGCCUGGACCACUCUGAGACCCACCUUGCUCAUAUCAAAAUGGUCCCUUUUGGUUUUUUGCCCUGGACCUGUGACUUUCUGGACUAGUUCUGUUCUCAGUUGUGGCUGAAUGUAACACGUGUACAAUAAAUUAUCUGCUGUUUUAGCUGAAGAAAAAAAGUC